AUGGACAAGCAACGUGCGCUUGAGGCUUACCUCUGGAAACUAAGCGAAGAGAACACACUCGUAGCUCACCAGCCAUCCUCUCCUGAGACCACGUUGAUCGCCCGAUAUGUUGGCAUGUUAGGACCGGACCCUAUAGGAAGGCAACCUUUUGAGAUACUGGGAACCUGGAUACAGUCGAUACCUUCGCGCAUCGGCUCGAACAAGAUGCUAGACCUUGCUGUUGAGUUUCUAGUCGACAGCUAUGGGACGUUUCGAGAUGAUACACACUCGAGGCGCAAGGUCGCUAAAGCGUCGAAAGCCAAAGCACUGAAGGAACUGCAGCUCGUUGUAAUGAGCACUAACACUAAUACAACGUACGAUGUCUUGUUAGCGACAAAACUGCACUACGCUGCGGAAGCUCUUUUGGGGCUGGAUACUAUGUACCACGCCAUACAUGCGUUUGGCCUCGCCGAACUGCUGAGGUCAGGAUCUGUGUCGGAUGUUGAUGACGAGCAUUUCUGGGAUCUGAUCGAUAACACUUAUAUUGAUGACGUAAACGAGGCGAUAUUAGCAGGCCGAACGUCAGUAUACCAUAACGAAUUCUAUCUAUCAGCGACAUACCCUCCACCAAUCGAUUCAGACGUGAUAAUACUGUCACCAUCGCAAAGAGCAUCGAUGGCCAUCAUGCACGUCUUCAUUCAGUGCCCCUACGCAGUAUCCUUAGUUCGGCACGCUAUCUCGAACCCUGACGACGCCAAUGCCCUUGCGACCGCCAUGUCGCACAUGGAGCGUCUGAUACAAAUCGAUCUCUCGCAACACGUAUCUGAACUGAUGCAAACAUCAGUCUCUGCGGUACCCAUACCGCCAUCACCAGAUGUCGCUGACCUAAUGCCGGAUACGCUAGAGUUCAGUUCCGUGCGAAGUAUGAUCCUCUGCACAAGAUACUGGAUGUUGCAGACAGUGCUUUGCGGUCUUGCGGACACGCUGUAUCGACACUUCCCCAUCGAGGCAGGGUUAUCGCUGCUUCCAUCACCUCAGCAACUACGAAUCAUUGAUGUCGACAGCGCAAUACAUAUUGCAAAGUCCUUGAGAUGGGCCGCUUCUGUUUCUCAAGAUUUACCGCUUGUGACAUUACGCUUGCACACGCCGCUUCAGAUGACGAUUGGUCCAUGGCACCGUACAAUACGAGGAAUUUCUACUCAGCGAUCACGAUCCAGCUCGCCAGACAUCCACCCCGAGAUUGCGAAGGAGUUAUCACGUGCAGAACGUAUGAAGGCCUGGGUCAUAGGUCAAUGUAACUUGAUACACAUCCAGUGGGACGUCUCUGUCGUCGAUGAACAACCCCUUCUGGAAGCCCUCGAUACUAUGGCUGGAGAGAAGAUCCCGGAUUGGCUUCCUGUACGCGUGCGUUUCGAAGCCGAAGACGGUGAAAUGGUCAUGAAGUUGGAUUACGAAAACAAAACAGGAAGCUACACAGAGAAGAUCGAUGUCAACACCGAGCCUCCGCCUAAAACGCGAACGCCUCAUCCGGGAGCUACAGGUCAAGAAUGGCAAAGAAAAUAUCUAGGCGUACAAGAGUUGCCGCUUAGGCACUGGAAGGAACUUAUGCUCGACUUCUGGGUGGUGGCCUGA